UUUGUCCGUAACGUCAUUUUGGUAGCCUUUGUUUUGACAGGCAGGAAGGACGGAGGGGAAAACCUUCUGCAGAUCGCUGGCGGCCAAAUAGUAUGCAAAAGAUGUUGACAAUAAUCUCCAACGUACUAAGGGGUAGCGCAAGAAGAAAUGGAGCCCAGGUUUUGUCAGAGGCCACCAGCCUGGUGGUGGCGUCACGCUCGUAUGCUGAUUUCACACCUGAGGCCACCUUUGACAUAAAGAAAGUUGACCUUCAUCGUCUGGAGGAGGGCCCACCCCUGACAGCCACUCUGACCCGGGAGGAGGGGCUGAAGUAUUAUCGUACCAUGCAGACCAUAAGACGCAUGGAGCUGAAGGCUGACCAGCUCUACAAGCAGAAGAUCAUCAGAGGCUUUUGUCACCUGUAUGAUGGCCAGGAAGCCUGUGCGGUUGGCAUUGAGGGGGGUAUCACCCUGUCAGAUCACCUGAUCACUGCAUACCGUGCCCAUGGCUACACCCUCACCAGGGGUGGGACUGUCAGGGAGAUCAUGGCAGAGCUCACUGGUCGUAGAGGAGGCAUUGCUAAGGGCAAGGGAGGGUCUAUGCACAUGUAUACUAAAAACUUCUAUGGAGGCAAUGGCAUUGUGGGAGCUCAGGUACCGCUGGGAGCUGGUGUAGCCCUGGCCUGCAAGUACCUGGGCAAUGAUCAGCUGUGUGUCAGUCUCUAUGGGGAUGGAGCAGCCAAUCAGGGUCAGAUCUUUGAGACAUAUAACAUGUCAUCUCUUUGGAAGUUACCCAUCAUUUUCAUCUGUGAGAACAACCAAUAUGCCAUGGGCACAUCAGUAGAGCGCUCUGCUGCGAGCACCGAAUACUACAAGAGAGGAGACUACAUUCCUGGCAUUAGGGUGGAUGGGAUGGAUGUCCUGUGUGUUAGAGAGGCCACCAAGUUUGCAGCUGAUCACUGCCGAUCUGGAAAGGGCCCUAUCCUCAUGGAGCUACAGACUUACCGUUACCAUGGACACAGCAUGAGCGAUCCUGGGGUCAGCUACCGCACACGUGAGGAGAUCCAGGAGGUCCGUAGUAAGAGCGAUCCCAUCUCCAUGCUAAAGGACCGCAUGCUCAGCAACAACAUGGCCAGCAUAGAGGAGCUCAAGGAGAUUGACAUCGCGGUGAGGAAGGAAAUUGAAGAUGCUGCUCAGUUUGCCACCACAGACCCCGAGCCCCCUCUGGAUGACCUGUGUAGCCACAUCUUCGCCAAUGAUCAGCCCUUUGAAGUGCGUGGUGCUACCCCAUGGACCAAGCUCACUUCGACCAGCUAAAGUAGCGUUUCCCAAACUCUGCCCUCGGGACCCCAAGGGGUGCACAUUUGUUUUUUCCCUCACUCUACACAGCUGAUUUAAAAUAAUCAAAGCUUAAUGAUUAGUUAAUUAUUUGAAUGGGUUGUGUAGUGCUAGGGCAAUAACCAAAAUGUGCACCCCUUUGGGUCCCCAGACCCGAGUUUGGGGAAACGCUGAGCUAAAAGCUCUUGUGCCCCACCCCUUUGUCUCCCAGGCCCUUCCGCUAUCCUCCAACGCACAUUUAUCUUUGCACACAUCACCUUCUCCAUCUCAGCCAAUGGCCUUAAUGGACUUUAAUCUCUCGCCCCAAUGAAAUGCUCUUUUUUUUAACAGAAGUUAAGAACCUUUCAUUGUCCCUCUCCAAAUGUUCUGAGACUGGUCACAUGAACCAAUUGUCCUUAUCAACAUUACAGGCGUAGUUACUCCUAUUCAAUGAUUGUUGUUGUUUUCUCUAAAUAUAAGAUUAAAGGGUAUAUUAAAUAAAGUGAUUUACAUUGGGAUUAUUAUUUUUUGUCAUGCCAAAUCAAAUCUGUGCCUGUGGGAUCUUGUCUGUGUUUGGACGAUGAGCGUCUAGGCUGCGGGUCACUCAUAGCAGAACACAAACACUGCAGAGCCGCAUGGAUGAAGUCUAGACAUUGUGGUAUGAUGCUUCAGAGAUAUUAUUAAAUCCUGUUGACCUCAUGCCUUCACUAUCUUGUCAGUCAUACCCCAACUUUGUAAAUGAUGACUGUCCUUCUAAAUCAUUAUUUGCCCUGCUCUCUUGUUCCCUGAAUUAUAUAUAUUUUUUGUUCUAUCAGCCUCAUUUAUUGCUGAAUGUGUUUUGUAACUGACAUCCCAGUGCGUUUUGUUCAAACUACAACUACCUUAAGCAGGAAUAGAAAAUGCCUUUUUUGGGAGUCUUGGUUGUCAACUGUUACAGUGGAUAAUGGUCAGAGAACAGUGGGGCACUACACACAGAUCUGGCCUGGUUUUCCCCCAGAGAUGCUAAUGAGAUCAGGAAGUGUAUGUAUGCCUUGAUUGUCUUUGUACAGUCUCUCAAACAAAUAAACUUAGAAACAAAGCUUUGUAUACAAAUGUA